GGGAGAAGUCGAUUGCCUCUUUGAAAUCGUCCAGGCUAUGGCGAUAAUCUCGGUCUAUGGCAUCGUGCUGUUCAUGGUUGUGAAAUGCAUCUUGGGAGCCCCAUGCGUGAUGAUAUUGCUAAUACGCAAAUGGAGGAGAAGACACUUAGCAAUGGAUCAAAAUGUUGAAGAAUUUUUGCAAUCUAACAAUAACUUCUUGCCGAUAAGGUACUCUUACUCCGAUAUUAAGAAAAUCACGGGUCAUCUUAAAGACAAGCUAGGUGAGGGAGGGUACGGUUCUGUGUUCAAAGGAAGACUCCGGAGCGGCCGUGAGGUGGCGGUGAAGAUUUUGAAGAAAGGGAAAGCAAACGGGCAGGACUUCAUCAGCGAAGUGGCUACCAUCGGAAGAAUUUAUCAUGUUAAUGUGGUUGGACUCAUUGGUUUUUGCUUCGAUGGCUCGAAACAAGCUCUUGUUUACGAUUUCAUGCACAAUGGGUCUUUGGAUAAGCACAUUUUUUCACGAGGACAAGGUAUUUCUCUCGAUUGCAAGGAAGUGUACAAGAUUGCUUUCGGAGUGGCUAGAGGGAUUGAGUAUCUUCAUCGAGGAUGUGACAUGCAAAUUCUACACUUUGAUAUAAAGCCUCACAACAUUCUUCUCGAUGAGAAUUUCAACCCAAAAAUUUCUGACUUUGGGCUAGCCAAAUUGUAUCCCACAAACUACAACACCGUAUCUAUGACUGCCGCGAGAGGUACUUUUGGAUACAUGGCUCCAGAGUUGGUCUAUAGGAACCUCGGAGGUGUCUCUUACAAAGCCGAUGUCUACAGUUUUGGCAAAUUGCUGAUGGAAAUGGCCAGUGGGAGGAAGAAUUGGGACGAAGUUGUAGAGUGUUCCGGUCAUACUUACUUUCCUUUAUGGGCUCAUGACCAACUUAGUGCAGGAUUGGACAUCCCAGUGGAACAAGUUAGCGAGGAGGAUAGAAAAUUAGUAAAGAAGAUGAUAAUAGUUGCUCUUUGGUGCAUACAAUUGAAUCCUAGCGAACGCCCUUCGAUGCACAAAGUCUUGGAAAUGUUGGAAAGAGAAGCAUAUGACCUACAAAUACCUCCCAAGCCACUGUUUUAUCCAACAGAAAUGUCGACAAGGGAUGAUGGAACUUGGACUGACGAAGGCAAUGAUACUAUGUUCAUUUCAUCAACUAGUGCAAUAACUUGUGAAGAUUCUCAUCUUCAGUAUGCUAGUACUAGUACUGCACAAGUAUAGAGACAUAUUAUUACCAUUUGAUCCCGUGACAUACGUGGCAAAUAGAAACGUUGUAUU